AUGCCAAAAGCAAGAAAGCGCGGCCGCGGCUCAGGAGCCAAGACGAGGCCAGAGGGAUUCGUUCCUCCACCAACUCGUCUUCCUCGCCUGCGUCCUGCGCCUCCUCCGGCUCCUGUGCGUCCUCCUACUCCUGUGCCUCCUCCGCCUCGCACACCACCAAACCAGAUGAUUCCGCCGUAUCAGCCGUCUCCAACGCCUCUGCGAUGCCCUGCAUUAAGUCCGCCUUCUACUCCCCCCCGUCGUAGGCAUGGACGUUCUUCAAGCCUGCCUUCUACCCCUGCUCCUGGUAUAUUCUCUCCUACUCCAAGUUCUCGACCACCGCGCCGUCCCAAGCGGGCUCGCACUGCGAAGCAGCCCGCUGAUUUGCCGGCUCUUCCUACGCUUCCUCCUCUUGAGCCCCCAAUGACUGAGUGGAAGCCGAUGUACAAAUGGGAGUUCAAAUAUGAUGUUAAUCAGUUGCCUUGGCACUGGCAGUGCUGCCGCUGUGGCAUGCCGGGCAUGUGUUUCGAUACGAAUCUACUGUGCCUUGACGUCAAUUGCCAGCAUCUGCACUGUCGCAAAUGCAACUUUUUCUGGACCUACGAGGAUGAUGGCCCCUUCUUUGAUGCCUAUUUUGAUUGGCUGCGGAAGAGGGAUCACUAA